UUGCAUUUUAUAUCGCAGAUGAAUGAGAAAGAGGGAAGUGCUCUAUUUUCAAGAAACGGGCCUGUUGCCAGGGAGUCAUGGGACUUGAGUGCUGCCACAUGCAAAUUAUGUGAGAGAAACAAACAUUGCUUUCAUACUGGCCUCCGCAGUCCUUCCAAGUACAAUCAAGCCCACAUUUAGAUGUCAUCAAAAGCAGCAGGAAUGUAAUGUACCCCCAUGAUGGCUCAGUAGCUGCCAUCUUAUGCAUUCUGAGGAUCACACUUCCUGAUAUUAGUUUUAAGCUUAUGCUAUGACUGAACCAAGAAGAGGCCCGAUCUUCUGUUCCUUGAGUUAUUUCAAAUGUCUUGUGCAGCUUCUUCACAGUGGAUGAUUCACUUUCACUGUGGUUUUCAUGCGUUGCAGUUUACAACCCAAACUCAAGACUGUAUUUGAGGGCAAUGUUGUUGUAAUUGUGAGGGAAGAACAACGACAUGCACAGACCGAAGUGUAGGUGGUUGUAUGGCACUCAUUCAUCAUUCAUGAGCUGGGUAGGCACUGUGCAAGUGGCAGUGACAGCGGACACAAACUCGAUUACUAAGGUGCAACACUGCUUAUAUUUGGUGGAUUAUACAUUACUCCACACAAAGAAGCGUCCUUUGUGGAAUGUUGCAUUAUGACCACUCGAUUAGGGUGGAGAGUCACAUGAGGAAGAGUUUGUGACAAGUGGAGGAGCCCAUGCACAGUAAAAAUGGGCACACUGGUCCAACCGGCACUGCUGAUGCUUUUAUGGCAAAGUGUUUGGCCUUUGGACAUCCCUCUGGAAAUCCGACAACCCCCAACCAUCAUUAAGCAGUCAAUGAAGGAGCAUAUUGUUGACCCUAAGGACACCAUGGUCAUUGAGUGUGAGGCCAAGGGAAACCCUCGUCCAAUUUUCUCAUGGCGGCGCAACGGCAGGUAUUUCAACGUGGCACGUGAUCCGCAGGCAACUAUGCGCAGGCACUCUGGGACGCUGGACAUCUAUGCCUGGAACAAUGCACAACAGUAUGAGGCAGAAUAUCAGUGCAUUGCCUCCAACGAGUAUGGUUCUGCAUACUCCAAUAAGAUCAGACUGCAACUGUACAGGGCUCCUGUAUGGCCGAGGGAGAUUGUGGAACCGGUGGUGAUCAGUGCGGGCUCAUCUUUGGUGCUGGCCUGUGACCCUCCAGCAGGGCCGCCGAAACCUGAAACUUACUGGAUGUCCAGCUGCUCCUAUGCCAGACCCUUUAACUGGCCAAUUCAAACAGCGUUCCCCACCAUGCACGCCGUGCAGCAGGAUCGUAGGGUAUCCAUGGGCGUCAACGGGGAUCUGUAUUUCUCCAACGUCCUAUUCAACGACUCUACCUCAGACUUCUGCUGCAGCGCCCGCUUCCCGUACAAAAAUGCCAUCCAGCAAAAGAUGCCAGUGGUUGUCAAGGUUCUCACCACCCAAGCCGUGGUGGAGGCCGCUCCCACCUGGUUGUCUCCUACAGGCUCAUCCAGUUCCGUUCUGGCCCUGCUGGGGGAGGAACUACUGCUGGAGUGUAUUGCUGCAGGAGUGCCCACUCCUCACAUUACCUGGACAAAGAAUGGCGAGGAUUUGGCGGUGACGCCACGCAUGAAAAUGAAACACUUCAACAAGAUGAUUCAAAUCCCAAAGGCAGCUUUUGAAGAUGCAGGCGAGUACGUCUGCACUGCGACCAAUAAGAUCAGCUACGUCCAGCACACAUUAACCGUCACGGUCAAAGCGGCUCCAUUCUGGUUAGAAAAGCCUCAACAUUUAGUUUUGGCUCCUGAGGAAAGUGGACGCUUGGUGUGCCGGACCGAUGGCGCUCCUCGGCCCACGAUCAGCUGGUUCAUCAACGGGGAACCCAUUGAGACUGCCACACAACAGCCCAACAGACAGGUGUCAGGAGAUACUUUGACCCUCAGCAGUGUGACGGCCAUCAACACAGCUGUCUACCAGUGCAAUGCCUCCAACCCGUAUGGCUACUUAUUGGCCAAUGCUUUUGUCAAUGUACUGCAUGCAACUCCCCGCAUUCUUGGGGUGAGGAAUGAACUCAUCAAGGUGGUGGAGGGACGUCGUGCCUUCUUGGAGUGCCGCUACUUUGGCUCUCCAGUGCCUGAGCUGCGAUGGUCCAAAUACGGCCAGGGGACUCUGGAGGGGACUCGUUUUAAGACAUACAGCAACGGCACCCUGGAGAUAAGGCGCACGCAGAUCGAGGAUCAAGGAACAUACGUGUGUGUGGUCAGCAACAUCGCUGGUCGAGAUGAGACUCAAGUCCGAAUUGAGGUCAAAGAGCCAACCUUGAUUUUGAAAAGACCCCAGGAUAUGAAAGUCAGUCGUGGAGGAGACGUGCGUUUGGAGUGUGGUGUGAAAGCAGACGCCACCACUCCCGUCACAACCACUUGGAUGAGAGACAAGAAGACUGUCACACUUGGCUGGAGAAUAUCCCUGGAUGAAUCAAAUCUGGUCAUCAACAAUGUCAACAGAGCUGAUGCUGGCGUCUACACGUGCCACAUCCAAAAUGAACUGGACCAAAUGUCUGCAUCGGCACGCCUCAUGGUGAUGGAUUAUCCUGAUCCUCCGACCAAACUGGAGCUGUCCGAUCCAUAUGAACGCAGCGUAAGACUCACUUGGGUCCCUGGAGACAGCAACUUCAGCCCCAUUACAGAAUACUUGGUGCAAUAUGAUGAUGAUGACUGGUUACCCGGCAAGUGGAAGAACUUGUCAACAUACCCCGGGAGCCUCAACUCGGUCAUUCUGCACCUUUCGCCUUUCACAUACUACGAGUUCCGCGUCAUUGCUAUCAAUCAAAUUGGUGCCAGUCGCCCAAGUCGUCCAUCUAUGCGAUUCCAGACCAGCGGUGCACCUCCAGAUGUCAUCCCAAAGAAUGUCAAAGGAGUUGGAACAUGGAGAAACAACAUGGAGAUCAGCUGGGAGCCUCUGACUUACAGAGAGUGGAACGGGCCACACCUCAAGUAUCUCGUCUGGUGGCGAAGAAGAGACUCCAGAGAGGAGUGGAAGAAUGCCACCACUAAAUGGCUGAAAUAUUACAUUUACGAUGCAGAUACAUUUACUCCUUAUGAGCUCAAAGUCCAGGCCGUCAAUGACUUUGGGCUGGGCCCAGAGUCUCCCAUUGUCAUCGGUUACUCGGGGGAAGACCGUCCCGUUAGUGCGCCCCAAAACCUGAGACUGUCGGACAUUCAGGGCACCCAGGUGACCCUGCACUGGGACCCGGUGCCGCAAAGCUCCAUCAUGGGAGAACUGAAAGAAUAUAAGGUUUACUACUGGAGGGACAGCAGCCAACUUAGGUGGCUGAGAGUCAACAGAGCGAUGAGGUCUCAAGUGUUUGCGGACACCGGCCCCGAGCCUUCGGGGGUUCUCACCGACCUCAACCCCUACAGCAACUACAAGAUGUACAUCGUAGUGGCCAACAGUCGAUAUGAAGGCCCGCCCAGCAACAAUGUCCACUUUUCGACACCGGAAGGAGUCCCAUCCGCUCCCACAUCCUUCAGGAUCCAGCAGCGACACCUUGACAGUAUUUAUGUGGACUGGGAUCUACCGGCAGAACCCAACGGAAUUAUCAGCGGCUAUUCCCUCAAGUACCAGACAGUGAAUGCCAGCAAGGGAGAGGAGCAGAGAGUGGAAGAGUUCCUUGCAAACGUGACCAGUUUCUCACUGCGGCGAUACGACCGCUACACUCGAUACCGCUUCUCCGUGGCCGCUCGAACUCGACUCGGUUUGGGCCAGUGGCAUACGGAGGAGUCGCCGCACUACACCACCGAGAUCUACGCCCAGGAUCAAGUGGACCUCUCCACGAAGGGCUGGUUCAUUGGCAUCAUGUGCGCCGUGGCCCUCAUCGUGCUCAUGCUACUCAUCGUGUGUUUCAUCAAGAGAAGCCGAGGGGGCAAAUACCCAGUACGGGAAAAGAAAGAGAUUUCAUUAGAACCUGUGGAUGACAUCGAUCAAGAGGGUUCUUUUGACUAUCGGUCUCUUGAAAGGCUUGCACGUGUCACCACUCUGCCCUACCCACGCUGGGAGGAGGAAAUGGGGAUUCAGAGAGGACCACCUUCUAAGGAGGCUGUGAUGAAAAGGUCAGAGAGCGACGACAGCCUGGUGGACUACGGAGACGGCGGAGACAUACCCUUCAAUGAGGACGGGUCCUUCAUUGGCCAAUACACGGCACGAAGGAGAGACGUGAGGGACUUGGACUUUGGUGGCAGUUUGGAGCUGCAUUCUCCAGUGAACGCCAUCUACUCCCUGGCUUGAAAAGGGCAAAUUCAGGCAGACUGCCAGGACCAGCAGGAGGACGAGCUGGUCUAAAACGAUGGGCACGUAGCUGGGAAAACACUCAGCUUUGGUCACGUCAAAAUCAUGAGAACACAUGCCAUUCCAGACACAUUUGCAUGUGUGUCAAGUCAGAUCCUGGAAUGAAAAGUGAAUCAUUUUAUCACGUUGAUAAGAAAAAACAAAUGCAGGACAGAAACGUUCCAUCAAACGUUGGUUUCUUUUUUUUUUUUUUUCUGUCAACAUCAGUAAUGAAAUUUUAACCCUUUAGAACACAGGUGUCAAACUCAAGGCCCAGGGGCCAGAUCUGGCCUGCCACAUCAUUUCAUGAGGCCCGCGAAGGCAAAUCAAACACAUCACCUUCCAUGAUGCUGACUAAAAUCUCUACCAAAAUUUUAAAUUCUCAUAUGUAAUAAAUAAGAGGCAUAUUGUAAGCAUUUUCUUGUGACCAAACCCCUCAUUACAGUAA